UUUGGGAAAGGGAGUGAGUGAGAAAUAGAAAGGUGGAUCAAAGACUUAGCCAAAAGAAAAAAGAUGGAGGAUCAGAGUGCAGAGAAUGGUAGUAUUAGGUUCCUAGAGAACGCUGGCGUAGAUCAAGAAGAAGAUGGUGAGCUUUUAAAGAGGAUGAUCACAGGCCAUCCUUUGUAUGGGUUGUUGAUUGAGACUCACUUGAAAUGUUUGAAGGUGGCAUUAGGUGAUCAAAUAGGGGAUGUGGGUGAAACAAAUGCAGUAGAUGAUCAGAAAGCCUAUUCCAAGCUCAAGGGAGCAACCACUCCUACUUCGUUGGACCUUGAUCACUUCAUGGAAGUGUACUGCAUGGAACUAAGCAGGCUUAAAGAAGGCAUGGAACAACCAAUAAAGGAAGCAGCAUCUUUCAUCAAUGCCAUGAACAUUGAACUCAAGGAGCUUAGUGGCCCAAAUAAUGCAUACCCAGCCGAUCUCCUAUGCACUAAGAAAUAAGAUAUAACCCAUAGGCCAAAUUUGGUAGGCAGUAAUCAGUUGGCUAUCUCCAAAGGAUCAGAUAAUCAAUAUCUCCUACAAACAAUUUAUGUGGUUAGAGCUCUUUGUUUGGUAAUUAGCUACCUUUUAUUGUUAGUUGUUUUAUAUAAGAACCUGUUA